AUGGCUGAGAAGUACAAGGAAAGAAGGGACAGGAAAGAGUUCCUCAAGCUGGAGAUUGAGAAUCAACGAAAGCACAUCCAAGAAGAGGACUUUAAGAGUAUCAAUGACAACAGUUCUGAAGACUCCGAGAACAGAUUGAUUGAAAUGAAUAAGGAGUUGAAUCAAUUAAAAGCUGAACUUGAAGAGUUGAGAUUACAGGGCGACAAGUUCUACACACAACAUGGAGACAAUACGAUAUUGAUAGAGAUUGAUGAGAUGAGUCAGCUGACAUUCUAUCGAUGCACUCAAUCAAUGGAGUUGCCAGAUGUGCCAAUGGACAAUGCAUGUAAUGGUGGAAGAAUACAGAUAACAAUGGAUUGCAACAACAAUCCGAUAUAUGAACUACACACCCUGGUCGCCACUAAAUCCAUUCAUCAGUUGUUCUCUGUAAAGACCAACUUUGAAGUGCCAUCAUCUCGACCCUCGAUCUUUGAGCGUGUCAGACAUAACACUUGGAGUCUGGGCGUGUCACCUCUGCGACGUACAACAUCCGAUCCAUCGCUAUUCAACAAGUCCUCGACUGCUCCCGCUCCUUCUCAACAACAAUCACAUCAUCAUCAUGCAAGCUUCCUAUCAAGUGGUCGUGCCACAGUCUCCAGCGCCACAUCUGGAGUACAUUCACUAAGUCUGUCAAACAAAAAGGCAGACACUUAUAAUGGAACAACAGGCCAACACCUUCAGGCGACCGACGCAUCAUCAUCAUCUGGCAACAACAACAACAACGAGGAUCAGGAGAGCAGUGGAAAGAUCCUGCUCACGUGGAACACAAAGGAGACAUCGAUAUACAUACUCAAGACCAUUCAAGAGUCGACCGAGUUGCUCGAGAUACUGGGCUCACACAUCGAUCGAUCAAAGAAGCUGACGGCGAAACAAUCACAACAGAUGAAACAGCUGCAAAAAUAUCGUCUGACACAAUACGACAACAACAAUCCAGAGCACGUGGCCUAUCUCGCUGAGCUCUGGAUGCACCUCUAUCCAGGCCAGCCCUUUGCCGAGCGAUCUGACAUGUGGAAGUCGUUUGGCUUCCAGAGUGACAAUCCCGCUAGGGACUUUAGAGGCAUGGGACUGCUAGGACUCCUAAACCUAAUAUAUCUCGUCAAGAAUCACAGACAAUGGGUCGACUCAAUCCUCGAACAACACAGGGACUAUCCCUUUGCCACAGCCGGCAUCAAUAUCACCAAUCUACUCUUUGAGAUAUUGGAUAUAAGUGAAGAGUCCUUACAACAACCUUGGUGGACACCAUUUUGGACAUCAAGCUUCAUGGUGAUGCUCUGUGCCAUGUCGAGGGACACCAACUAUGCGUUUGAGGAACUGUACUUUUUGGUGUUCAAGCUGAUGGAUCAUAUUUGGGCUCAGUUGGACGCUACCUACAUGAUGUUCCCCACUGUGAUCAAGAAGCUAAAGGCAUUGCUACAAGAGAUAUCCUCUAUGAACAUUAACUCAUUCGAUGAGGUUAGGGCUCGCUUUGAACUCGUCACUAUAUCAUCACUGAUAUCACCUGGUUCAUCCUCAUCAACAACAACAACAACAACAACAACAUACAACAACAGCGUCAGUGGCAUCAGCAGUAGUAGUAGUAACCAUUCUUCACCAUCAACUACAAAGCCAAGUAGUAGUGGGAGUGUGAGCAAUGGUAGUCAUAGCAGUAGUCAUAACCGAGAGCCUUAG